GGCUCUAGAUCAGUGACGGGGGUGCCGGGCCGCCCCAGCUGGACCGACCAAAUUCUUGGAGGUCCACCCAGAUGUCGAAGAAGGUUGUCACCAAGAAAAAGGCGCAACCGGCGCCUGCCGCGGUGGAAAACGGAACUCAAGCAGCGGCAGCAACGACGGAUGUCCGAGUUGCUCAUCAGCUGCGAGUGCUGGAAACAGUUGCAGGGAAAGGUGAGGAGGACGAGAAGAAGUACUCCCCACGAACUGAAAACCACAUCCAGCAAUUGACCGGGGUUCUCGACUUCUACGAGUACUCCCGGAGUGACAUCGCCGGUUUGGUGCGCAGAUGCCACUAUGAUGAGAAUCAAAUUCAAGUAGCUGUGGCGAACAUCAUUGAGGAUCGUGCAAACCACGAAAAAGAAGAGUGGGGCACGGUCAAAAACAAGAAGCAAGCUAAGGAAGAACGCAAGAUAAAGGAGGAGGAAGAGAAAAAGGAGCAGGAGAGGUUGCAGAAGGAAGAAGAAAAGCAGCGCAGAGAAGCUGAGAGGAAAGCUGCAAAGGAGGCACGGGAAGCAGAACGUGCCGCCAAGCGAGGCAAAGGGGGUGGCAAGAAUGGGUCACACGCAGAGGGUGGAGCUUCUGCCCUACCGCCUGACCCUGCCAUCCUCUUUGCCGGCACAAAGCCACAGAGUGAGGAGAACCACGGUGCCUCGCAAGAGAACUGGCAGGGACAGUGGUGGGAAAAUUCUGGUGACAAAUGGAACGACAAGAGCUGGGAGUGGCAAGAGUCCUGGCAUGGAGAAGACUGGGGCGGAAGCAAGGCAGAGAAUGAUGAUUGGUGGGGUGGCCAGUGGGAGAAGGCCGGCAGCCGCAAGAAAGGCUACAAGGAAAAGAAGGAUGGCCCUCCCUUGCAGGAGGAAGAGGAAGCAGAAGGUGACUUCUGGGAUAUGCCAGACACCUCUGCAGCGCCAGAUGCAGAGGGUGGUCUGGACCAGUGGACACUUGGUCGCCUCCCUGGGCAUGAGCGAUUGGGGGAGAGUGAGCAAGGUGUGGCUAUACCCAAGGCAAUGCCAAACAAUGCCUUGACCGUCGAAGCUUUGGAGCGAGACCACUUAGCAGUAGCACCUACAAUGGCUCCUCAAGUGGCCGCUCCAAUACCAAUGAAUGCACCGACCAGCAAGCCGCUGGUGGAUGGUCUACCACCUCCACAGCAGGACCUUUUGGCAGCCUUGGGUGCGCCAGUCACAGCUGAGGCAUCCUCCAGCUCUGCCCCAGCAGAGGAAAGAUCGGAAAGGCCCGAUCGCGGCGAGAAAGGCCGUGGAAAAGGGAAGAAAGGCAAAGACCGAGAGAAAGGCGAUGGUGAGAAGGAGCGUUUAGAGCGCAUAGAUAGAUCUGAUGACCCCCGUCGACAAGCGGUCGAACAGGUGGGAGAGGUUGUCACUGUGCGAAAGCACAGCUCAAUGGGCUGCGCGGUCGUCUCCAUGACAGACGUCAGGGUGAGACAGGCCAUCGUGGCUGAGGGCAAUGAGUGCACCAUCAACAGCAUCAAGGUGCAAAUCAAGCCACAUACCAACAAGGAAACCAAGGAAGAGGUCUUGACCGACCUCUUUGUGGCUUGGGGCAGACAGGCCGAGAAAGCGAAUCCCUUGUCCGAGGAGAAAAUUGCAAAGUACUUUGACACCAAGCACAAAGAGAUUGUAGCAGGUUGGAAGGCAGCCGAGGAGGAAAGAAGGGAGGCCGAAGAGAGGGAGCAGCAACGCGUCCAGGAACAGCAAAGGCAAGAGUUGGUUUUAAGACAACGAACUGAAGAGCGGAGACGAUACGAAGAAGAGCAAGAGCAGAAGCGACGGCAACAGGAGGCCGAGCAGCAGCAAAAGUGGAUGAGUCAACAAUGGAUGCAACAACAAGCUGGUGGUGUCGUCCCGCAGGCUGGCGGAGUUAGGGGCAUGGGAGCCAGCACAGACGCGUAUGCACAGCUACAGCAACAGCCGCAGCAGCAGGCAGCGGCUAUGCAGUGGGGCAAUUCCCAGCAGCAGUGGAUGCAGGCAAUGGCUUACCAGGCACAACAGGGCUGGCAGAUGGCUCAACGAAAUCUCCAAAUGCAGGGCAUGGCAUCCGGCCAGGACUCUGACUGGCGAGCUUACUACGCGCAGUACAUGAAUGAACAGCAGCGUGGCCAAAAUGCAUACGCUGCCCAACAACAAGCCGGUGGGUACCAGAACCAGCAGGCCUUCAAUUAUGGGGCUGCAUACUCGCGCGGUGAGCGCAUUUAAACCGAGAAUGGCAGCACAUUGCAUUUUGACGAGGCUGCCCUGUAGAGAGCAAGAGAUAACUAGAUCGUAGAGGCGGCUUAGUAGGUAGCUCCUGCGUCACACUCAGGGUCUUCAAAAUCGUGC